UGCAGGACACUGGAGGCCUUGGUAAGAGCGGUGAUUCCCUGAACCAGCUGGAGAAUUGCAGUCCUCCCAUAGACAUAUCUUCAGCUCUCAGGUCAAUGGCAUGGGAUUUUAAAAAGCACUCCCCUGUGCCCAACCACUUGUCAGUACCUAGAAUUGAGGACUAUCCAAUUGUAUCUCCAUUAGAGGAUCAGGAAGGCAGCACCGAAGGGUAAGAGACUGUAAAUUGUUAUACUCUUUAUAAUACUUUACACUUUUAACUAAAUGUGGCCUGCUUAAUAAAACCCAGGGCGGCACAUCUAGCUGAGGAGGAAGUGCUGCGUGUACCAUUCCAGUCAAAGUAUAUUCAUUUUUUCCCCCUGUAUCAGGACUACUGUCUGCAUGCGGUAACGGACAGUCUCCGCAGACUGAGCACGAGUCUUGUGUCUGAACUGAUAAGCCCCCAUGGUCUGCAGCGCCGCUAUGAGAUUAUAUCCCCUCAAUUAAACUCUCCUGAAGCAACUCCAUCCUCACCUCUAUCUCAACCAGUCAGGGUGACUCCGUGCACUCUUUGGCAAGAUCUAGAAGAGGUGAAGGCGUCUGGCUUGCUCAGCAGCCUGACAACCAGAGAGAUUCGCCUUCAGGAGUCGAUGUUUGAGUUGAUCGGCUCUGAAGCGUCUUACCUAAGGAGCCUUGGACUUGCAGUCAAUCACUUCUAUGCGUCAAAGGCACUGAAACGGACUCUGAAUCAAAGGGAGCAUCACAUGUUGUUUUCCAACAUUCGCUGUGUGAUGACAGCCAGUGAAAAGUUUCUUAUGGAUCUGGAAAUUCGACUGGGAAAGAGUGUGUUAUUAUCUCAGGUUGGAGACAUUGUGCUUCAGCACUGCCCUGAGUUUCACCGCCUCUAUGUUCCAUAUGUGACUAACAUGAUGUACCAAGAGACUCUUUUCAACCAGCUACUGCAGCAGAACAGGGACUUUGUGUAUUCAAUCAAGAAGCUUGAGCGUGACCCAGUGUGUCAAAGACAGAGCCUGAAGUCAUUCCUUGUCCUUCCCUUCCAGAGAAUUACUCGUACUAAACUCAUCCUAGAGAGCAUCCUGAAGCUGACUACACCAGGCUCUGCCUCAAUUUUAAAUCUCGAAAAAGCAAUUGAAGCCAUCCAUGAGAUAGUGACCGAGUGUGACAAGCGGGUCAGAAAAAUGAAACAAAUAGAGGAGCUGGUCUGCUUGGAAAUGCUGCUGGAUUUUGGCAAAGUUAAGUCAGUCCCUCUGAUCGUAAGUGGGCGUUUUUUGGUGCACCAGGGUUCCAUGAGACAGCUGACUGUGGCUGCUUACAACUCGAGAGUAUCAUUUGUCAGCGUCUACCUCCACCUCUUCAAUGACUUUUUGAUCAUCUCCUUGAAAAAGGACAAGAGGUUCAAAGUUGUGGAUCAUGCUGAGUUCCCCACACAUGUCCACGUUGAGCAUCUGAAGCCUGAAGUCCUGGGUCUACCCCCAAACUCCUUCAUGUUGCAUCUCUCUCAAAGUCACAACCGACAACCAACAGCCAUGAUACUUGUUGCACACACAAGAUCAGAUGAAGAGGCGUGGAUGAAGGUGCUUUUGUCUAAACAGUGAUGGAAAAAUUGUGCGAUUUUAGUUAUUUGGGAUUUUAUAAUUCAAACUUUGCUUGUUUUAACUUACACAUUACUGAUGUUUACAUUUUGAUAAUUGAAAGAAUUUUGUAACUGUAAAUUAAUUUAGUUCACUCUUUAAAAUGUAUCUUAACUUGAUUGCACUUGAUAAAGAACACACAUGAUGGAUUCAAACACGCACUGAAUGUCUCAAUA